CCACCUCCUCCCCCCGGGAGCGGAAGUGUAGACCCUCCUCUGCGCUUUGCGGCAACGCGUGAUCGUCACGUGGGGCGGGGCUUCGGAGGAGAGCGAAGGGAGGGACAAAGGCCAAGAGCGUAUAGAACGCCACUCACACUUGGAGAAGAGAUAACGGGACAGAGGUGCAAGCCAAUCGCAGUCAGGCCUGUGGAGGCAGAGACUGGGGUGGAGACUUCGGAGACUGCAGUUCCAGGUCUCCAGCCUGCCAGCUUUCAGACUAGAAUUUAUACCAUCAGCUGUCCUGGUUCUCAGGCCUUUGGAUUCAGACUGAAACUACAUUGUUGGUUGUUCUGAGUCUCCGACUUGCCAGCCACAUAUCUUGGGACCUCCAUAAUUUUUUCUAAGAACAGAUGGAAGUGGCUAUGGAUAAUUCAUAUGAUUUCAAUCAACAAGGCUCAUGUAAUGGAAUUCCAUCUGAGAAGAAAAACAACUUCCUCGUGUCAGAAGAUCAUGGACAGAAAAUCUUAAGUAUACUACAGAAUUUUCGAGAACAAAAUGUCUUUUAUGAUUUCAAAAUAAUCGUGAAAGAUGAAAUAAUCCCAUGUCAUCGUUGUGUGUUAGCAGCAUGCAGUGACUUUUUCAGGGCUAUGUUUGAAGUAAACAUGAAAGAAAGAGAUGGUGGAAGUGUUACCAUUACUAAUUUGUCCUCCAAAGCAGUAAAAGCAUUUCUUGAUUAUGCCUAUACUGGAAAAACAAAGAUAACAGAUGAUAAUGUGGAAAUGUUCUUCCAGUUGUCAUCAUUUCUUCAAGUUUCCUUCCUGUCCAAAGCUUGCAGUGACUUUUUAAUAAAAAGUAUUAAUCUUGUGAAUUGUUUACAGUUAUUAUCUAUAUCAGAUAGCUAUGGCUCUGCCCGUUUGUUUGAUCAUGCUUUAUACUUUGUACAACAUCACUUUUCUUUAUUAUUUAAAUCCAGUGAUUUCUUAGAGAUGAAUUUUGGAGUACUGCAGAAAUGUCUGGAAUCAGAUGAAUUAAAUGUUCCUGAAGAAGAAACUGUACUGAAAGUUGUCCUUAGUUGGACUAAACAUAACUUAGAAUCAAGGCAAAAGCAUCUGCCUUAUUUGAUUAAAAAAGUAAGAUUAUAUCAGUUAUCUGAGGAGACACUUCAAGAUUGUUUACUCAAUGAAGAGUGUUUACUCAAAAGCACAAACUGUUUUGACAUAAUCAUAGAUGCAAUUAAGUGUGUGCAAAGUUCUGGUGGACUUUUUCCUGAUGCUCGACCAUCCACAACUGAAAAAUACAUAUUUGUUCACAAAACUGAGGAAAAUGGAGAAGAUCAGUAUACAUUUUGCUAUAAUAUUAAAAGUGAUUCAUGGAAGAUACUACCACAAUCACACCUGAUUGAUUUGCCAGGAUCUAGUCUGUCUAGUUAUGGGGAGAAAAUAUUCUUGACAGGCGGUUGCAAAGGGCCGUGUUGUAGAACAGUUCGGCUUCAUAUUGCAGAGUCAUAUCAUGAUGCCACUGAUCAAACCUGGUGCUACUGUCCGGUCAAAAAUGAUUUUUUCCUGGUAUCAACUAUGAAAACACCAAGAACCAUGCAUACAUCAGUUAUGGCUCUCAACAGAUUAUUUGUCAUAGGUGGAAAGACUAGAGGAUCCCAGGACAUUAGAAGUCUCUUAGAUGUUGAAUCUUACAACCCUCUUUCCAAAGAAUGGAUAUCUGUUAGCCCAUUACCCAGGGGCAUAUACUAUCCUGAAGCAAGUGCAUGCCAAAAUGUAAUUUAUGUUCUUGGAUCGGAGGUAGAGAUUACAGAUGCUUUUAACCCAUCACUUGAUUGCUUUUUUAAAUACAAUGCUACAACUGAUCAGUGGUCUGAACUAGUAGCAGAGUUUGGGCAGUUUUUUCAUGCAACACUAAUUAAAGCUGUCCCUGUAAACUGCACACUGUAUAUAUGUGACCUUUCCACUUAUAAGGUUUAUAGUUUUUGUCCAGAUACUUGUGUGUGGAAGGGUGAAGGGUCUUUUGAAUGUGCAGGCUUCAACGCAGGUGCAGUUGGAAUUGAAGAUAAAAUUUAUAUAUUAGGUGGUGAUUAUGCACCAGAUGAAAUCACAGAUGAAGUGCAGGUCUACCACAGUAGCAGGUCUGAGUGGGAAGAAGUUUCACCAAUGCCAAGAGCCUUAACUGAAUUUUACUGCCAGGUGAUUCAGUUUAAUAAAUACAGGGACCCAUGGUUUUCUAAUCAUUUCUAAAAGUAGUGUGUGAUUAGACAUUCUAAAACUAUUGCAGUUCUAGAAACCUGCAGUAAAUUUAUUAACCUUCGUUAUUGGUAAAACAGUCUUUACGGCUUAAUAACAUAAAAUGCACCUUCUAUGAGAGAAAUACUAUGAAUGUAUACCAUAUAUGAAUUAGCAGUUCCCAGA